AUGUUCCCAAUACCUUCUCAUCUCCCACGAACAGGUGGUGAUCAUCUCGCUUCUACCUCCCCCCCUCCGUCUCCACCCCCAGACCCAGUGCUCGACAUCUUUCAACCUCUCUUCUCCCAACCUGGACCCUCUAAACCUCCUAGAUGGUCGGUCGAGCAAGUCCGAGCAGUCAGAGAGAACCUGGAAGCCGCCAUCACCUCCAACAAGGCUAAAGGUCAUGAGCUUCUUAUUACCAACUAUCCCAGUGUCUCUACGCAUAUACGAAUAGGAGAACAAAUACAGAUUGAUUCUUCACAUCUAUCCUCAGCUGUCCACAAGCUAGAGCAGGAGUUGGAUGAGACAGAUCUCAAAGCUUCAUUCUUACCGCCCCUCCUGAAGACAUUGUCAAGACAUGCGUCCGCACUACAGGGUCAUAAAGAGGCGGAAUCGUAUCUGACAGGGCUUCGCUCAAUUGUUAGAUACAAAGAGAGGUUGGAAAAGUUGGAACGAGCCAUUUGGACUGGAUGCGGGGUGGAUGAUUGGGUAUUGGAUGAUUUGGCAGAAGAACAGGGACCUUCUCAAAAAGAACAGGAGACGGAGAGGAAUGAUUCAAUUCUAUAUGGUAGCAAGAUUCUUUCGCUGGCAGAGGCGAGGGUAAAGGCUCUGAAAGCUACUCUGACGGAACAAAUCAUCGAUGCUCUAACUCGAGCCGUAGCUUUUUCACAGCCAAUCGAGAAACAGCAUCAGACAAUUCUGACCGUACAAGAGCGGUUUAGUCUUCAGAUACCCAAAGGAUCUCGACCCUCUCAUGUCGGUUCCCCGAGAGACAUACCGUUGUACCCCUUGCUUCCUCUAUAUCACACCCUCUCACGCUUAGGGGAUAUCAACACCUUCCUCCGUCCUCUUUUACUUCGAUUACAAAAGGAUGUCAUAUCGCCGCUCCUUGAAUCCCAUCCUCAGCACAGGGUGGAGUAUAGUAGGAAAGACACGAUAUUUAUCCUCCGUAUUGAAGUCUCAGAAACGACACGAACUCCCGCAACUAUCUUAUCAGAUAUCUCAACGAUACUGAACCUCGUCACGGAUCACAUCCUUCCUCCAUCUCUUGAUUUACCUCAGCGAGAAACAUUUCUCUCGGAACUUCACUCUUUUACCUUUGAACAGAUCCUCAAUCAACUCCUUCUUCCAAAUAUGCCAUCUGACAUUUCUUCCAUCCCUCCCUGGUUAGAUACUAUCCGAGAGGCUGUCGAUUUUGAACAAUCUAUAUCAGUCAGCUCCACAAACCUAGUUAUUCGUCAUUUCAUGGAUUCUGAAGCUGGUCAUGCUUGGGCCAUCCAGAGACGAAGAUCAAUUGAGGAGGAGACAAGAUAUUUGAUUCUGUCCGGUUGGGGAGGUUGGGAGGGAAAAGAGGUGGAAAGAGAGAGGGAAAUCACUGUCAUGGUCGAAGUGGAAGUGGAGGAUGUUGAUAAUGGACCACCGCUAGAAUCGACCAACGGCUUACCAGUUGUCCCUCAGACCCCCACGGACGCCCGUAAACCGAGUAUGGGUAUAGAAAUGGAAGAAGGGUGGGGGUUUGAUGACGAUACAUCCAUGGGAGGUGGAGCCUCAUCUCUGCCUAUUCCCUCGGUAGAUACGACAGUGGAAGAAGAUGGCUGGGCAUUCGAAGAACCUACACUUACACCUACUCCUCCUCCGAAAUGUAUCAAGCCGGCACGAGAAGCAAAGCGACUAGGGAAGAAAGUGGCAAAAGCCAAAGCACACGACGAAGAGUCAUUCACAUCCGAGGCCGAAUCUUCAAAAGGAAAUGAUAACGUAGGCUCUGGUUUUACAUCGAGGAAGAAUGGGAAGACUCCCCGUGUUGCGGGUCAAGUGGACGACUGGGGAGCCUGGGGUGAAGAAACUCAACCGAACAUCGAAAACACUACUUCAGCGGUAAAACCACGCAAAACCCACAUGGAACUGAAAGAAGAGAAGAAGAUUGUCAAAGAGGUCUAUCUGGUCUCAAAAGCAUGCGAUACGCUCGUAGCUUUAGCGGAGAAAGCUUUACAAGAAGCUCAAGACAUACAUUCCUCAUCACUGACCUCACCAUCUUUCAUAGCUGCUCCCGAUAUUGUAAGACAAGCAGCGGGAGAUGUGUUCGACAUUUACAGAGCUAUCUUACCUGUCGUCUUUACUUCUCAACUUCGAGAUGUACCUAGCAUCGCAAUGCAGGUAUAUAACGAUUGUCUUCAUCUAUCUUCUAUACUUCCGUCCUUGUUUUCGACACAUUCAUGGGAAGAAGGGAAAGAUAUAGCUGAGCGACUUAAGUUGACAGGUGAAAAAGUGUUUGAAGAUCAAUUACAGAUCCAACGGAUUUCUCUAUUCAGUUUGUUAGAUGAAUUACGAGGGUUCGAGGAUAUUUCGAAUGACGUGGCGUAUAGAAAGUGUGGGAAAAUGAUCGGACAGGUCAAACAUAAUCUUGAAAGUUUAGCCAAGGUACUCAAGCCAAUGUUAUCUACGCCCACUUGGUCACUCAUCAUGGGUUAUUUGAUCGACUGCGUAGUGGAAAGAAUAUCAACAGAAGUAUUGGAAUUAAGAGAUAUACCGGAGAUAGAGUCGGAAAGGAUCAACGAAUUAUGUAAGAGUUUACAUGAUCUAGAAGAGGUAUUUGUGAUUUCACAAGGAGAGCCAUCCAGUAUAGUAGCUCAAGUUCCUCAUUGGCUAAAAUUCUGUUAUCUUUCCGAACUUCUGCAAGCAAAUUUAGUAGACAUUACUUAUCUGUUCGAAACUGGAGCUUUGGUAGAUUUUUCAACGCAAGAGUUGGUGGGUAUCAUUCGCGCAUUAUUUGCCGAUAGUGAAAAACGAGAUGCGGCUAUUGAAAAGGUUGAGCGGGGUGGGAUUGGGUCUAUAGGAAUAUGA